AUGGCGACGCGCGAGCGGCGCUCGCGCGUCGUGAUCCGCGCGCGCGCGAGCGCGGCGAGCGCGACGCGGAGGGACGACGACGACGCGGGACGCGCGCGGCGCGUCGUCGCGCGCGCGGCGGCCGCCGCCGAUCCCGGCGGAGAGAUGUCGCCGCGUCGUCCCGACCGCGACCCGCGAUCGUCCUCCUCGUCCUCCUCGCCGCCGCCGCGACGCGGCCCGUUCUCGAGCGCGACCGCGAGAGACGCGAUCGCGUGCGUGAGCGUGUGUUACGCCUUCGCCGCGUGGAGAUGGCUGCGCGUCCCCGCGGCCGCCGCGCACGUCUCCUCCUUCGCCGCCGCCGCGCCGUCGCCCGCGCUCGCGGCGCUCGUCGCGGCGGCGGCGACGGCGGCGAUCCUCCCGCUCAUGCGGCUCGCGACGCACCCGGCGGCCAACUACGGCGUCAAGUGGCCGCUCCUCGCGCGCGCGGCGUUCGGCGUGAACGCCGCGCGCGUCGCGUCGAGCGCGCGGCGCGUCGUCGCCGCCGGGUUCGCCGCGACGCAUUUUCUCGCGUGCGCCGAGGCGUUGCACGUCCUCGCGGCGAUCCUCUCUCCGAGCCUGAGCACGUUCGGACAGGGAGCGUGGGCGCAGACCGCGGCGUACUGCGUCGCGUGGUUGUUGCAGAGCCGCGGCGUCGCGGGGAUGGCGCGCGCGGCGCUCGUGAAGGGCGGCGGCGCGUUCGUCGUCGUCGCCGCGGCGUCGGCGGCGAGGGAAGGGUGGUUCAGCGGAGAGAUCGUCGCGGGCGCGGCGGCGGCGGCGAAGGCGGCGAAAGCGGCCGUCGCGUCCGUCGCCGCGGACCCGGGUGGGACGUUGAACGCGCUGACGACCGCGCUGACGACCGGCGGGUUGGGCGGGUCAUUCGCGAGCUCGAGCGCGCCCGCGAUGGACCUGGCGCUCGCGCUCGUCGGCGUCUGGGUGAUCAUGACCGGCGUCGCCGUGGACACCGUCGCGGCGUCCACGGUGGACGACGCGAUCGCGUCGCAGCGCGUCGGGCGGCCGCUGUCGCCCGCGCGAAUCCGCGCCGCAGCGUGGUGCUCGAAGCUGCCGAUCGCGGCCGCGUUCGCCGCGUUCGCGGUGAGCGUCGCGAUCGACCCGGGCGCCGCGGGCCCCGGUCUGAGCGCCCUCGCCGCCGCGGUCGGCGCGCCCCCGGCGGCGAUCCUCCCGCUCUUCGUCGCGAUCGCCGCGCCCACGGCGACGCAGGUCCUGCGCGCGGGCGUCCCGACGCUGUCCGACGCCGACGCCGCGAUGAUCGCGGCGGCGAUGCUCGUCGUCUCGCAGGGGCUUCCCACGAGCGCGACGCCCGCGGCGGCGGCGGCGGUGGGCGGCGGGUUGCUCGCCGCAUGUACCGCCGUCGUCGCGCCCGUGCUCGGCGUCGUCGCGACGGAUUACUUUCUCCUCCGCGGGCGCGCGUUGGACACGCGCGCGCUCGUGGACGGCGGGUUGGGGCGUCGCGAGGGCGGGCCGUUCUGGUUCUGGAGAGGCGUGAACCCGCGCGCGGCGUUCGCCGCCGCGCUCGGCGCGGCGGUGCCCGUCGCCGAGUUCGCCGCCGCCGCGUUCGCCUCCGAGACCGCGGGCGUCGUCGGCGCGGUCGGCGCGAUGGCCGCGAGCGUCGCGAGCGUCUCGCCCGGGCUCGCGCUCGCGCGCUCCGCGACGCUCUCGGCGGCGAUAUCGUCCGCGGCGUUCGCGGCGUUCAACGCCGUCGCGCCGCCGCGGAGGAUCGGCGAGGAGGACGCGUCCUACGCGGAUCUCGGAUACGGCUCGGGGUCUGGGUCCGCGGCCGCGUCCGCGACCGCGACGGCGUCGCCGGAACAGAAGCUGACGCGGCCCGCGAUCGCAGAUUACAGCGACGCCGCGUACUUGGACGACGUCAUCGACGCGGAGAGCGUCGAGGCCGCGGAGGCGGAGACGGUGAGCCGCUCGCGGCGCAGCGAGAGGUCGCGAUCGAGGUCGAGACGCGCGGGCGGCGGGCCCGACGACGACGACGACGACGACGACGACGACGACGACGACGACGUCGUCGUCGUCGUGAGAGAUCGCCUGGAGCGCAUGCUCGACCUCGAACCCGCGUCGAGCUCGGACAGAGACCGGCGGUUGGACGUCGCGCUCGGGGUGUCCCUCCGCGCGGAGCUCACCGCGCAGCUCCGACGGAGAGAAAAGCGCGAGAGAGAGUUACGCGACGCCGUCUCUCGCGGGGAAUUCGUCCCCGAGAAGACGCUCGCGCGCGUGAAAGCGGACGCGGACGCGCUCAGGAACGAGGUCGCGGCGUACGACGAGAGCGCGGAGGCGGACGCGGAGGCGCGCCUGAUCGAACGGUCCGUCUCGGAGCUCGCGCGCGCGCGGCGGGCGCGCGGCGCGGCGGCGGGCGUGUCGUAUCUCGACGCCGACGGAAACGCGAAGGACGACGCGACGAACGAGUGGGCGGAGGUGUCCAUCGCCGCGUCCGAAGUGACGAAACUAGACGUCCAGAUCGAGAAGCUCGCCGCGCGCGCGUCCGUGACCGGGAAGCCCUACGACGCGGACGAGAUGCACGAGCUCCGCGAGCGUCGAACGGUGUGGGGGUUACGGCUCGUCGGCGCGCAGAUUAAGGGCGUCGCGGGGCUCGCGUCCGCGGUCAGGACCCGCGGGCGGAGCUUCGUCCCGGAGGAAGACAUCGCGGCGGAGAUGCGACGGCUAGAGGAGCUCGCCGCGGAGAAGUCCGCGCUGCUGGAGCGGCUGUCCGAGACGGAGCGAAAGGGCGCGGAGGCGAGCGGCGCCGCCGAGCGCCUGCGCGCGGAGGUUGAAAAUUUGAAAACGCAGCUCGAGGACGCGCGGGAAGACGCCGCCGCGGGCGCGGAGUCCGCGGAGAUCGCCGCGUUCUUAGAAGAGAAGCUCCGCGACUUGCGAGACGAAAAGUCAGCGGGCGACGCCGCCGCGGAGGGCGAGAUCGCCGCGCUGAGAGCGCGCGUCGCGGCGCUCGACGCGACGCUCGCGGAGAAAGAAGCCGCGUUGCGCGUCGCCGGCGAAGAGGACGCGCUCGCGAUCGAGGACGAGAUCGCGGACCUGCGCGCGGACAUCUCCACGCUGCGCGGUCAGAUGGCCGCGAAGGACGUCGCGUCCGGGGAGGCGAUGGACCAGCUGCGGACGCAGCUCAGGGAGACGAGAGACGCGCUCGCCGCGUCGGAGAAGCGACUGUCGAACGCCAAGGCGCGCGAGGAGAGCCUCUCGGAGAGCCUCGCGGCGCGCGCGCGCGACGCCGCCGCGGCGGCGGACGCGGAGAAGACCGCGUCGUCGUCGUCGUCGAUCGCGGAGGGCGUCGCGGCGGCGGCGGCGAGGAAAGAGACGGAGACGCUGCGCGGCGAGCUGUCCGACGCGGAGGCGCGGUUGCGAGCGAUCGAGUCGAGAGCGGCGGAGGCGGAGACCUCCGCGCGAGCCGCCGCCGACGCGGCGAAGCGAUCCGAGGCGGAGAACAAGGCUGCGGCGACGCGCGCGAGGGAGCGCGUCGACGAGAUCGAAGCCGCGCUCGCGGACAAGGAGCGCGCGCUCGCGAGCGCGCUCGACGCCGUCGCGCGCGCGGACGCGAAGAACGUCGACCUCGUUAAGAACGUCGACGAGCUCCGAGCGGAGAUUUCGCGCGUCGGCGCCGUCGUCGAAGAGAAGACGGUGGAGCUGGCGAAGCUCCGAGCGGACGGGAGCGCGGGGACGCAGCGCGCGCGCGCCGACUUGGAGGCUGCGCGCGAGCGUUUCGAGCGCCUCAGCGACGUGUUAUCGAAGCAGCAGCUGGAGGUGGACGCCGCGCUCGAGCGCGCGCGCGUCGCGCAGGACGCGAGGGACGAGGCGGAGGCGUCGGCGAGAACCGCGGGCGGGAGAAUCGCCGCGACGGAGAUGAAAGCGUCCGUCGCCGCCGCGGAGCUGAAGCGCCUCAGAGAUCGGAUAAACGAGCUGGAGGACGCGUCCGCGGUGGCCGCCGCGAGCGCGGCGGCGGAUAAGGCUGAGCGCGACGCCGCGGACGCGGACGCGGCGGCGUCGAGAGCCGAACGCGACGCGAUUCAAGCGGAACUCGAAGAGCUCAGAAGCGCGUACGCGGGCAAAGAGGCUGAGAUGGCCGUCGCGGACGCGACGCUGAAGCGCGAGCGCGACGCCAAGGCGGCCGCGGAGACGCGCGCGGAGAAGCUCUCGACCGAGCUCAGGGCGUCCGUCGUCGCCGCGAGGGCAAACUCAGCCGCCGUCGCGGAGCUCUCGUCGAAAGUCGACGCGCACGACGCGCAAGUCGCGGAGCUCAGGGCGUCGCUCGCCGCGCGCGACGCGGAGGCGGCCGCGCUGACGGCGCGCGAAGAAGCGCUCAGGGCGGACGCGGACGCGGCGGCGCGAGCGAAAGCCGCCGCGGACGUCGCGGAAGCGGCGAUGACGGCGACGUUGAACGAACGCGUCGGGGCGCUCGAGGCGGCGUUGAGCGAAAAAAUCGCCGAGGUGUCCGCCGCCGUCGCGGCGUCCGACGCGCUGCGCGCGAAGGUGCCCUCGCGCGGGUUCAUCGACGCGCUCUUCGGCGGCGCGAAGGCACCGUCGCGGGCGGGCGAGACGUGGUCCGCGCGCGACCUCGAGGUGGCGCUCGAGGCGCGGAUGCGCGAGCUCGAGCGCGCCGCGGACGACACGGCGACAAAAGAGAGCGACGAAGAAUUGAAAAAGGUGACGCGCGACUUGGAGGCGAUGCGCGGGCUGCUCGCCGCGCGCGACGUCGCCGUCGCGGACUCGGAGGCGAAGCGCACGUGUUUAGAGGCGUCCUUAGAGGCGAAAUCGAGGGAUCUCGGCGCGCUGGAGGCGAUCAAAAUCGAAGCCGCGGAGACGCGCGCGCGGUUGGAGGAGAAGGAAGCCGCGCUGGCGGAGGCGCGGGCGGCGCUCGCCGAGGCGGAGUCGUCGACGGCCGCGACGACGCGCGCGUUCGCGGUCGCGGAGCAGGAGAUCGGCGAGGCGUUGCGCCAGGUGCAGAUCCUGCGCUCGGAGCGCGAGACCGCGGAGGCGGAGGUGGAGCGAUUGAACGCGACGCUCGCGUCCGUGGAGGACGCGAAGCUCGAGGAGAUUCGCGCGCUCGAGAAGAAACUCGCGAGCGCGGAGUCGUCGACGAACGCGACGACGCGCGCGUUCGCGGUCGCGGAGCAGGAGAUUGGCGAGGCGUUGACCCAGGUGCAGAUCCUGCGCUCGGAGCGUGAGACCGCAGAGGCGGAGGUGGAGCGAUUGCGCUCGACGCUCGCGUCGACGGAGGACGCGUCGCGGUCCGAUGCCGACGCGCUCGCGACCGCGGAGGCGAAGCUCGCGGCGCUCACCGCGGACGGCCGGGUCCUCUCCGGUCGGGCCGACGCGCUCGAGGCUGCGGAGGCGGCGCUGAGAGAGAAAGAGGCGGCGAUGCGAGCCGACGCCGCGGACGCGAGGGCGCUUCUCGAAGAGAAAGAUAAGGCGCUCGCGGAGGCGCGCGUCGCGCUCGCCGCCGCGGAGGCGUCGGCGUCGAUGUCGGAAAAAGCGUUCGAAUCCCAGCUGCGGGAGACGCGCGAGGGCGUCGGACAGGUCCUCGCGGCGGAGGCGGCGGCGGAGAAGCUCCGCGCCGAGCUCGACGACGCGAAGCGCGCGAUCGCGGCCGCGGCCGCGGCCGCGGAAGCGCGCGGCGUCGCGUCCGCCGCGUCCGAGGCUGAGACCGCGCGCGCGGCGGCGGCGGCGGAGACGAACGCGAUGCGAACCGAGGCGAUGCGUCUCGCCGCCGCGCUCGCGGAGAAGGAGGCGCAGCUCGAGCUCGCGACGCGCGGCGGCGCCGCCGCCGGCGCGAAGACGCUCGCGUCGUGGACGUCGAGCCUGCUCGCCGGGUUCCGACGCGGCGCGUCGUCGGAGGGCGCCGCCUCCGAGCCGCUGUCCGCGCGUCUCUCCGCGCUGCUGACGACCAAGACGGCGGCGCUGCGGUCGGACUUCGACGGCGUCGACGGCGCGGACGAGAUCGAGGCGGCGCUGGGCGCGGUCGGCGACGCCGCCGCGGAGGUGGCCGCGCUCGAGCGAAACCUCGCGGCGUCGCGCGAAGACGCGGAGCGCGCGGCGAGGGAGGCGAAGGACGCGGCGGCGGCGCGCGCGUCCGCGGAGGAGAAGCUCGCCGCGGCGGCGACGUCCGACGCCGCCGCGGAGGCGGCGCGUCGAGACGUCCUCUCGCUGACGAAGCGGCUCGCGGACGCGGAGGCCGCGUCCGCGACCGCGCGCGACGCCGCGCUCGCGGACUCGAAGCGCGCGACGGACGCGCUCGAGGCUGACGUGGCGCGGCUCAAGGCGGAGAGCGACGAGCUCCGCGCGCGAUUCGGCGCCGCAGCGAGCGCCAAGGAACGCGAAAUCGCGAGCGUCCGCGAGGCGCUCGAAGAGGAGCUCGAGGCUGCGAAGACCGCGGCGGAGUCGCUCGCGGACGAUAAGCUCGCGAUCCAGACCGAGCUCGCGAAGAAGAUCGAGGAGCUGCGGAGCGACUACGUCGGCGCGACGACCGCCGCGGAGACGCUCGCGGAGGAGAAGCUGUCGCUUCGCGCGGCGUUGGAGGAGAAGGAGGACGCGUUGAGAGACGCGCUCGCGCGCGCGGACCGCCUCGCGGGCGAGCGCGACGCCGCGGACGAGCGCAAGGGCUUCUUCGAGCGGCUCGCGUCCAAGUUCGAGAAGAAAGUCGACGAGACGCUCGCGAGCAAGGCGAAGGAGGUUCGCGAGCUCGAGUCUCAGCUCGCGGAGGCGCGCGUGCUCGCCGCGGGACGCGACCUCGAGAGGGAGAAAGCCGCCGCCUCGGAGGCGGCGCGGCUUAACGACGAGAUCGCGAGGCUUCGCGCCGCCGCGGACGCGCGCGCCGCGAACGCCGCGGAGGAGGUCGAGGUCGCGGAGGCGAUGCUGCGGUCGCUCGAGGAAGCCGCGGAAGAGCGCGAGCGCGAGUUGAAGCUUCAGAUCGACAAGAUCACGAUCGAGCUCACGGAGCUCAGGGCGACGGCGCGAGACGCCGACGACGCGGGUUUCAAAAAAGGCGGCACCGUCAUCGUGAAGAAGAAAGACAAGGCCAUAACGCGAGCCGACCUGGACGAGCUCUCCGCGCAGCUCGACGCCGCGGACGAGGCGCUCGAGGCCGAGCGCGAGCGCGCCGCGGCGCUCGAGGAGGAGCUCGACGCGGCGUUCUUGAAGUACGUCUCGGCGAAGACAAACUCGGACGACAGAGAGGCGGCGCUCCGCUCGCGGGUCAUCGUCCUCGAGAGCCAGCUCGCGACGCAGCGUGUUAUCGUCACCGCGGGCGGGGACGACGCGAAGCUCCGCGAGGAGGUCGAUCGCCUCAGGGCGGAGCUCGAGGAGAAGUCCGCGUCGCUGAACGACGCGCUGACGCGCGCAGAGGCGGAGCUGGCGACGACGAAGAGCGUGAAAAACGUCCUCGGCGGUUUGUUCGAAUCCGUCGUCGACGCGGGGAGAAAAGCGCGCGCGACGACGACGCCGACGGUGAAGGAGGCGACGUCGCGGCUGCGGCUCUUGCUGACCGAGCUCGAGAACGAGAACGAGCCCACGUCCACGGCGAAGUACCAGAAGGGCGGCACGCAGAUCGUGAAGAGAAGCAAAACCGGCGAGUCCGGGUUUGGCCUGUCGAUGCUGAGCGAGCUCGAAGACGCCAAGGCUAAGAUUCGCGAGAUGGAAGCCCUCGAAGCUCGACUCGCGGAAGCCGAGGCCGCGGCGGCGAACGCGGAGGAGGAGAAGAACCUCCUCGAGGAGCUCAUCGCCCCGCUCGAGGACGAGCUCAAGACCUCCAGGACGCAAGUCCAGAAGAUUGUCGACGACGCCGCGGCGCGCGAGCGCGAGAUUCAAACGCGCGUCGACGCGAUGGAGGUGCAGUUCGAAGCCGCGAAGGCGGCGGGAAAAAUCAACUCGGAGCUCACGCUGGAGAUCGUCGACCUCAAGCGACAGCUCGCGGCCGCCAAGGCGGACACCGCCGCCGCGGAGGACGAGAUGCGAGCGCUCGAGGCGUCCGCGAAGUCGGAGACGGAGGAGCUCGAGACGCGUCUGAGGCGAGACGCCGCGGAGAAGGCGGCUGAUUUCGCCGCGAGAGAAAAGCGCGCCGCGGACGAGCUUCGAGCGUCGCGCGCGCAGCUUGAUCUUCUCGCGUCGGAGACGAGCUCGAACGAGGCGGCGCUCAAGCGCGAGAUCGCGACCGCGCAGGCGCGGCUCGCGGAGCUCCGCGCGUCGAUCGCGGAGGCGGAGACCGCGAAGGUGAAAGCCGCGGCGGAGUCGAAACGGAGAGAGAAAAAGCUCGAGGACGCGCUCGAGGAGGCGAAAGAAAACCUCGCGUACGAGCUCGCGCGGGCGGCGUCCCGAGAAGAAGCGCUCGAGCAGCGCGUCGCGGACCUCGAGCUCGAGAGCGACGAGCGCGACGUGUCGCGCGCGGCGUUCGAGACGGCGCGCGACGAGCUCGCGGCGGCGGCGACGGCGGCGAGCGCGCGCGAACGCGAGCUCGAAUCGCGCGUCUCGUCGUUAGAGACCGAGCUCGAGGAGGCGCGCGCCGCCAACGCGGUGACGAUGAAAAACUACGAGACGAUCGCGAGCAAGCGAGCGGAGUCUGACCUCGAGACGGCGUACGCGCUGCAGCUCGAGGGCGAGCUCGCGCUCGUCAACGCGGAGCUUCGAGAGAUGAAGACGGCGUUCGCGCUCGUGCAGUCUUCGAGCGAGGACGCGGUCGCGGCGGAGGCGAAGCUCGCCGCGCGCGUCGCCGAGCUCGAGGCGGCGCUCGCGGAGAGCGUCGCGCGCAGCCCGGAGGCGGUCGCGAGGGCGGCGGAGAUGGAGAUGAAGCUGAAGUCGCUCUCGAGAGAGUUGAAGGCGGCGGGCGACGACGCCGAACGCGUCGAGAGGGAUCAACGAGUGACGAUCGACGCGCUGAGAAGAGAACGCGACGACGCGAUCGCCGCCGCGUCGGUCGAGCGCGACGCGCUUCAGAAGAGGGCGGACGCGCUCGCGCGCGAGCUCGAAGAGGCCGAGGCGCUGGAAGAAACGAUCGCGAUGCUGUCCAAGUCGUUGGAGAACAAAGACCAGCAGCUCGCGUCGGCGUUGAAAUCCGUGGAGAACUUUGACGACGCCGCCAGAAGCGCAGCGGAGGACGCGCGCGCGAAGCUCGAGGAGAUUCGCGCGCUCGAGAAGAAACUCGCGAGCGCGGAGUCGUCGACGAACGCGACGACGCGCGCGUUCGCGGUCGCGGAGCAGGAGAUCGGCGAGGCGUUGACCCAAGUGCAGAUCCUGCGCUCGGAGCGCGAGACCGCGGAGGCGGAGGUGGAGCGAUUGCGCGCGACGCUCGCGUCGACGGAGGACGCGUCGCGGUCCAACGCCGACGCGCUCGCGACCGCGGAGGCGAAGCUCGCGGCGCUCACCGCGGACGGCCAGGCGAAAUCGAGCCAAACCGCCGCCGCGCUCGAGGCGGCGGACGCGGCGCUGAGAGAGAAGGAAGCCGCGCUCGCCGAGGCGAGGGCGGCGGCGACGGAAGCGGAAAAAUCCGCGGACGCGCGCACGGAGGCGAACGCCGCCGCGGCGUGGGCCGCGGAGCUCGCGUCGCACGCGACGACGUACGCGGAGAAGGAGGACGAAGCCGUUCGCGCGGCUCGACGUUGUAACGCGUUGGAAUCCGCGUUGAAGGACGCCGACGCGGCGAAAGCCGCCGCGGAAGCCAAGGCGGGGAAGGCUGCGGUCGAGAUCGCGCGCCUCCGCGCGGAGCUGCGCGAGGCGAGAACGCUCGAGGCGGCGUCCGCGGAGGCGGCGUCCGCGUUGAAAGCGGCGGAGGAGAAGCGCGCGAACGACGCCGCGAACGCGCCGCCGCCGCCGCCGCCGCCGUCGCCGGCGGAGCUCGAAAAGACGGCGGCGCUGACCGCGGACGUGACGCGCCUCGAGAGAGCGCUCGCGGAAGCCGAGGCGACCGCGGCGAAGGCGCUCGAGACCGCGAUCGCGGAAGCCGAGGCGACCGCGAAGCUGGAGCUCUCCGCGACGGUGAUGGACAUGGAGGAAGAGACGGAGACGUACCGCGAACUCAACGCGACGCUGCAAGAGAAGCUCGCGGAGGCGGAGGCGAACGAGCGAAGCGAGCGCGAGCGCUUCGAGAUGGAGACCGAGGAUUUGAAGCAAGCGUUGGCGGACCGCGAGAAGGAGCUCAAGAAGGCGAAAAGGGCGGCGGAGGUGGCGGCGGCGGCGGCCAGCGCGCCGUCGCCGACGCUCGCGACCGCCGCCGGCGUCGUCGUCGUCGGCGGCGGCGGCGGCGCGUCCAAGUCGAACGCGGAGAAGACGUCGCUGACGUCGCGUCUGACGGCCGCGAUCGAGGAAACCUCCGCGAAACUCUCGAAAGCGCGAAGCCUGAAAAAGAAGACCGAGUACGAGUCCGCGCUCGCCGAGCUGACGCGCGAGCGAGACGAAAUCGCGACGCUCGAAGCCGCCGCCGCCGCCGCCGCCGCCGCCGCCGCGGCGCUGCGCGAGUCCGAGACCGCCGCGAAGGCGUCCGAGGCGAAGCUCCAGGAGACGAUCGCGACGCUCGAGGCCGAGCUCGUCGCCGCGAAGACGCGCGCGGAGGCGGACAUCGCGCGCGCGUCCGAAGAGGCGAAGACGCUCGCGCGGCGGCUGCGCGACGCGGAGGCGCGCGCGGCGGCGGCGGAGGCGGAGUCUCGCGCGGCGGCGGCGGCGGCGGCGGCGGCGGAGUCGUCGCUGACGUCCGCCGCGAGGGACGCCGCAGAGGAAGCCGCGGCCGCGGCGAAGGAGGUUCAGACGCUCAAGCAGCGCGCCGCGGCGCUCGAGGCGACGCUCGCCGACCGCGACGGGGCGCUCCUCGCGCGCGAGACGGACCUGGAGCGCGUGAAGACGGAGCUGGCGGCGACGACGGCGGAGCUCGCGGCCAAACGCGAGGCGCUGGCGCGCGCGGAGAAUGACGCCGCCGAGGCGCUCGAGGCGAGGCGGGCCAUCGAAUCGAACGCGGACGCGGACGCGGACGCCGCGAAGUUGUCGUGGCUCGUGUCCGGUCUCUUCGGGGGCUCGGAGACCGCAACCGGGGCGUCUCCUCCCGCGGGGGCUUCGUCCCCGAGCGUCGCCGCGCGUCUCUCGCUCCUCGUCGAGAGCCGCAGGGCGCUCAUCGCCGAGGGCUCGCUCGACGCCAAUGCGCGCGCGUCGAUCGAAGCCGAGAUCGACGCGCUCGAGGCCCGGAGAGAUGAGCUCGCCGCGAUGGAGAGCUCGCAGCUCGAAAUGGACGAGCGUCUACGCGCCGCGAAGGACGCGUGGGCGGAGCAGCAACGCGGGCUGCGGGCGCGGAUCAAACAGCUCGAAGCCGCCGCGGACGUCGCCGGGAGCGUGCGGAAGAAGAAGGGCGGCGACAGCGCGGAGUCGCUUCGCAUUCUCGCGGAACAAGCCGAGCGCGCGCUGAAACGUCGCGAGGCGGAGCUCGAGGAGAAGGAGAAGGAGAAGGAGAAGGCGGUGGAGGAGGCGGAGCGACUGGUGCGGGACUUGGAGAGGGAACGCGCCGCAGCGAAGGACGCCGUGGACGCCGCGAAAGCCGAGGCGACGCGGCGAGAGAAAGAACGCGAGGCCGCCGCCGCGGUGUGGGCGGACCUCGAGAAGACGCUUCGAGCGCAGAUCGAAGCGUACGAGUCGCAGCGCGAGGACGACGACCGCGGCGGCGGCGGCGGCGGCGGCGGCGGUCGCGGCGGCGGCGAACUCUCGAGCCUGCAGUCGAUGCUGACGCAACGCGAAGAGGUGUUCGAGUCCAUGCAGCAGCGGCUGAACGAGGCGCAGGCGGCGGAGAGCGCGCGGCGGAACGCGGAGAUCUCCGAGGCGCGGUCCGAGAUGAGCGACAUGCAGGCGCUCCUCGAGAAGAUGGCCGCGGACCUCCAGGCGAAGAGCGACGUCGAGCGAGAGCUCCGCGACGCGCGCGAGUCGCUCGCGGCGACGGCGGCGCUCGAGGAGGCCAAGGACGCGCUCGAGAAGGAGACGGUCGCGCUGCGGCGGACGCUCUCGGAGAGGGAGCGCGGCAUCGACGACGCGAUGGAGAACAUCAAGGAGUUGCGCGCGCGUCUGCGCGCGGCGUCGUCGCUCGCGGGGCUGCCGCCGCCCGCGGGGACGCUCACCGGGCUGACCCGCGCGAUGUUCAAAGACGCGUUCGGAGACGCCGCCGACGCCGACGACGACGAGAUGACCGACCUCGUCAACGCGUCCGUGUCCAUCGCCGCGCGCCUGGACGCCGCGCUCGUGUCGCGCGAGCGCGACCUCGCGAACGCGAAGCCCGGCUCCGUGCUCGAGGCGCGGUUGAUGUCGGAAGUCGCCGCGAUCGAGCGUCAGACGCGCGAAGUCCGAGAGAUGGAGUCCGCCGCGGAGGCGAGCGAGGCGGACCUUCGCGACGCGGAGGCGGCGUUCGCGGCCGCGGAGGCGAACUACUUGGAUCGCAUCGAGGAGCUCGAGGGGGAUCUGGACGACGCCUUGGCCGCGGCCGCGGCCGCGGAGAAGCGCGAGGAGGAGCGAGGCGAUGUUGUCGACGCCGACGCCGCGACCGUCGAGGCGCUCGAGGCGCGGCUGGCGGAGAGAGACGCACAGCUGGCGGCGUCGACGGCGGCGUUCGAGUCGGCGAAGAAGAGGUUGCAAGACGAGCUCGCGGCCGAACGCGUCGCGAGGAGAGACGAGGUCGCGACGCUCCGAGCCGAGCGCGAAGGCGUCGAAGCGCGGUUCGCGUCGCUGCGCGCGUCGAUCGAGCGCGAGGAGGAGGACGCGGCGCGCGCGAAGGAGGCCCGAGACGCGCGCGUCGCGGAGCUCGAAAAAGAACGCGACGCGCUCAAAAAAGCCGCCGACGCGGCGACGCGAAAGCUCGACGCCGCGGACGCCGCGACGACGGCCGCGAAGCAGGCGAGCGUCAGCGCGCUCGCGGAGGUGGAGGCGACGCUCCGCGCGCAGCUCGCGGAGGUGGACGCGCGGAGAGUCGCGGAGAGCGAGAAGUCCGCCGCGGAUCUCGCGUCGGCGACGCGCGCGGCGGCCGCGCUUGAGUCCAAGCUCGCGGCGUCCGACGCUGCGCUCGAGCGCGCGAGGGCGCGCGCCGCGAAGGACGCGGCGAGCCUCGCGCAGAGCGCCGCGCUCGAGGAGGAGGUCGAGAGGCUGCGCGCGGAGGCUGCGGCGACGAGCGCGCUUCUCGAGGCGGCGACGGAGCGAGGCUCGGACGCGGACGCGGACGGCGGCGUCUCGCGACGCGCGGAGAGCGUCGCGCGGACGCUCGAGGCGCGGACGAACGAGCUGAGAGCGCUGGAGAAGAAACGGGAGGAGGAUAUGAAAGCGUCGAGAGCGCGCGAAGAGAAACUUCGGGCCGAGUCCGACGCCGCGCGAGAGGCGCUCGGGGAGAUCAAGUCGAAGCUCGCGGACGCGGAGUCUCGCCUCGCGGCGAGCGACGGCGCCGCCGCCGCCGCCGCGGAGGCGGAGGCGACGCUCCGCGCGCGGCUCGAAGACGCGAACGCCCGCCGCGACGCCGCGGCCGCCGCGGUCGAGGAGGAGCGCGACGCCCUCGGCGCGGAGUGCGCGAGGCUCGAGAAGGCGCUGUCUUCCGCGGAGACGGCGGCGGAGGCAGCCGCCGCCGCCGCCGAAAAAGCGGCGAACGAAAAAGUCGCGACGCUCGAGACCGAGGUGAAGCGCCUCGCGGCGCUCGACGCGGACGCGCGAGCGCGCUUGGACGCGUCCGCCGCGGACGUCGACGGCCUCGCGGCGAAGUCGGCGCGCGACGCCGAGAAGAUGGACUUCCUGCGCGAUCAGCUCGUCGAGGCGAAGUGCGCGUCGGACGACAUGGAGCGCGUCUUGCGCGCCAAAAUCGACGAGCUCGCCGAGCGCGCCGUCGCGCUCGAGGCGCAGGUGGCCAACGCGGCGGCGACGUCCGAGGUGUCGCGCCUGCGCGAGGAGCUCGUCGCGCUGGAGGCGGACCGCGCCGAUCACGUCGAGACGAUGGAGCGCCAGAUCAACGACCUUCUGGACGCGCUGCGGACGAAGAACGACAAGUCGCAGCGCGCGGUCGAGCGCGCGGAGACGACGAUCGUCGCGCUCGACGCCGCGCGCGAAGACGCCGAGGCGGAGGCGCGCGCGCUCGCGAAGCGGUCGGACGACGCGGCGCGCGAGGCGCGCGAGACGGAGCGCCGACUCGACGCCGCGCUCGCCGCGGUGGCGGACCUCGAGAGCGCGCUGAUCGACGCCGAGCGUCGUCUGGACGACGCGGAGGAGGCCGCCGCCGCGUCCUCGGGCGCGGAGGCGAUCGCGGAGGGACUCAGAGGGCAGCUCGACGCGCUCGCGACGCGGCUGCAGUCCGCGGACGCCGCGGUGGUGGACCUCGAGCGCGAGGUGGAGGAGGCGCGCGAGAGAGAGCGCGCGUCCGCGGCGACGUUGGAGCAGGUCGCGAAGGCGCAGGCCGUGGACUUCAGCGAGAUGAUCGCGAAGCUCGAGUCCAAGCUCGUGGCGGCGAACGAGCUCGUCGUGUCCAUCAUGGAGGCGCGCGUGAGCGACGAGGGCAUCGAAGAGGGCGCGAGGGCGCAGCUGCGGUCGAUGGCGAAAAUCGUCGCCGCGCGGCAACGCGAAGUCGUCGACCUGACGCGAGAGCUGCAGACGACGAAAGAAUCGCUCACCGCGAGCGGGGACGAGCUCGCGCGGACGAAAUCCGCCGCGCUCGAGCUCGAGGCGAGGCUCGCGGGGACGGAGCGAGAGCUGCAGAGGGAGAAGGAGCUGCUCUCGAUGGAGCUUCAACGCGCCAUCACGGCGAACAUCGCCGCGAGCGAAAUUCGGUUCGAGAAGGCUAGGAUCCUUCUCAAGACGGCGGAGAGAGCGGAGGCGACCGCGAAGGCGUACGAGAAGGAGAUCAAGACGCUGAAGCUCGCGAACGUGGACCUCGCGACCGACGCGAUGGCCUCCGCCGCGGACCUGCGAAAGCGACUCGAGGAGUCGGAGGCGGCGCGGCGCCGAGUCGAAAAGAAGUACGGCGGCGUCGACGUCGACGGCGACGGCGACAUCGGCGACAUCGGCGACAUCGGCGACAUCGGCGACAUCGGCGACGCCUCCGAGGAGCGCGCGUGGCGAGCGGAGGCGAAAGCGCUCCGAGAGAAGAUCGCGGACACGGAGAAGACGCUCGCGGACACGUCCGAACGCAUGAACGACGUCGUCCGCGAUCUCGAGGCGAAGCUCGCCGCCGCGGAGAAAAAGGCGCGAAAGGGCCAACUCCUGGAAGCCGCGAAGCGCGAGCUCGAGAAGCGCCUGAACGACAGCGAAGCGCUCUUGAACGCCGAGCGCGAGCGCCUUCUCAGAGAGGCGUCCGACGCGAGAGAGGCGGCGCUCGAGGAGCAGCGCGUCGUCCGCGCGAAGCUCGACGCGCUGCGCGAGUCGCUGGCGUCGCGCGACGCCGCGCUCGCGGAAGCCGUCGCCGCGUCGGACGCGCUCGCCGCGGCCAACGACGACCUCCGCGCGCGACUGGCGCGCGCGGAGACCGCCGUCGCGAGACGCGAAGACGUCGACGAGCUCCGCGGCGAGAUCGAGUCUCUGCGCGCCGCCGCGGAGGCGACCGAGGCUGCGCUCGAGGUGCGAGAGGACGAGCUCGCGGAGGCGCGAAACGACGCGCGCGACGCGGAGAAGACGUCGACGUCGAGAGACAAUAAGGUGAACGCGAUGAAGUGGGAGCUUUUGAGGAUGGAACUACGGAAUUUCGUGCCGGUCUCGAGCGCUCGAUCCGCGUCGUCGUCGCCGGCGACGUCGCUCGAGACGGAACUUCGGCUGAAGCUCGACGUCAUGGAGAAGGAGGCGACGGCGGCGCGGCGCGAGAUCGACGCGCUCGUCGCGGACAAGGAGAUUCUUCGGCGGAAGCUCGACGAGCAGUCCAAGACGCUCGCCUCCGGGGACGAGGUCGAGCGAUACUCCGCGGAGCACGUCGCGUCGCUUCGCGAGGAGAUCAAGACGCUGCAGGCGCGCUCGAGCGCGCUCGAACGCGCGCUCGAGGAGAAGGAGAACAUCGCGCAGGAGCUCAUGAAGAUCGUCGUCGACGACGUCGAUCGAGGCGCGGGCGGCGCGGGCGCGGGCGCGGGCGCGGGCGCGGACGCGUCGUCGACGCUCACCGCGCUCGUGGGCGGCGAGGGCAUGUUCGCGGAGCCGUCGGACGCGGCGAUGGUCCGAGCCGCGGCGAGGGCGGCGCAGCUCGAGGUGGUUCUGCGGCAGCGCGAGCGCGCGCUGCGACAGCUCGCGCGCGAAGAGACCGCGGGCAAGGCGUCGUCGGCGGCGCUCGCGUCCUACCGCGCCGAAAUCGCGAAGCUCGAGGCGAACGCGGAGACGCUCCGCGCGGAGCUCGUCGCGAACGAGCACGUCCUCGACGACCUUCGCGGGCGCCUCGACGUCGAGCUGAACGUGUUGAAGCGCGAGAGCGGGCGGCUGCGGCGACGCGCCGCCGGUGACGGCGGCGAAACGGCCGACGCCGCGGCGUUUAAAGCGCUCGAGAGCGACCUCCUCGCCGCGGCGUCCGGCUCCGACGUCGCGUUGCGCGUCCUCUCCGACUCGCUGUCGACGCUCGAGGCGGAGACCGCCGCGAUCGCCGCGCCCGUCGCGACGCGCUUCUCCGUGCGCUUCGAGACGAACGUGAACCAGACCGUGCACGUCGUCGGGUCGUGGUGCGACUGGGACGUCGAGCUCGGCGUGCCGCUCCGGUGGACGGAGGACCACCUCUGGGUCGGCGACGUGGAGCUGCCGACGGGCGCGAGCCACGAGUACAAGUACAUCGUCACGGAGCGUCUGCCGGAGAAGCAGCCAGGGGACCAAUCGCCGUGGUUCCCGCAGUGGGGGUUCGCGGAGCAGCGGCUCAUGGGGCUGUCCUCGUGGGCGCCGCCGAUUCAGGAGGCGCCGGAUCGCGCGCCGGAGCUCGAGUUCGCCGCGCACCUGGUGUGCUGGCAAAAGGGGAACAACAACGCGCUCAAUCUCUCGAACGUCGACGCGCGCGAGGUGGUGCGCGUCGAGCUCAGGGACGCGUGGGACAGCGCCGAGUCCGCGCCGAUGGCGCGCAUCGGCGCGAACGGGAAGGUUAUAAAUAUCGAAGAAUUCAAGACGAAGACGCUGUUCGGCGCCGGCGCUUCCGCGCCGUCCCCGGGGAGGGCGGUUCUGGAAGACGCGUUGAGAAAAGCCGAGAGCGCGCUGGUGGACGCUCGCGCGCAGAUGGACGAGAUCACCCGCCUCGCCGCUGAGACGUUGUUCAGCGCGACGGACGGCGGCGCGGGGAUGAGCGAGCGCGCGACGGAGGCGCCCGCGAACGCGCUCUGGUCGACGUUCUGGCCGGGCGGUGGCGACGGCGGGAAGAAAAAGAAGAAACAGACGAAGAAGAGCGAAGAGCGAGAAGAAAAAGAAGAGGACGACGGCAUCGACGUCGUCUGA